UCAGUAUCUUCUCUCCGCACUUGGUUUUUAUCGACAGUGCUUGCUGUUCUUCCUGAAAAAACAAAACUCAAAACGGAUAUUAUGAAACAACUCACACUCAAGCAUUCUGAGAGAAGAACACGGAUCAUUCCGCAUGACGAUCAGCCUGUCAAUCAUGUCGGAAGAAGCCAAGGGUCCAAGACUGGCCCCAAGGGGAAACUAAGUGGAGAGGGGUGCAGGCUGACACAUUGUACACCCAAGCUACUCUCUCACCCCUCACGACUGCCCUUCACGGUCUAAGGACGGCUUCAAUCGGUCUUCAUCCGCUCUCUUACCCUCCUUGACCUUCCGAACCUUGUGGCAUAUACGCGAUCGACCCCAAAUGGCACUCGCUCGCGCAGUAACGAUUGCGCCAACCCAGACGCAGGGUGUCUCUGUCUCGAACGUUAUAACGGCGAGCCACUCCCACCGCCCUUCGAUUACCCCGACGUUGGAGAGCCAAAGGCAACACAAGGCACCUGUGGGUCUCAUCGUCGGCGUCGCCAUUGCUAUCAUCGGAGCUAUCAUCGGCCUCUUCCUCAUUCGCUGGCUUUUCGUUCGCCGCGCCCGCGCACGUCAGCCCGCGCCCACUCCCAUCCUCCCAUUCACGGUUGGCGCACCCGCCGCUCGCACCGGCCGGACCUCCACGAGCAAAUCUUCUCUCGAUGCACCAGCUGCAUUCUCCGACCCAAACCCUAUGCGAACGCCAGCGCGUCUGCCUGGCGGACCUGGUGCCCUAGAGCUUGGCGCAUAUCCUCUGUCAUCGGCAUCAAAUCCCAGGAUGGCCCCAUCGGAUUCGUGGCAUACAUCCUUCCCGCACCCGCCGCUGUCAGGCAGCGGCCGACAAGAGCCUGGGCCAGGGUCGAGUCCUACCGAGCGUCAGGCCUGGCUUGCGUCUGAGCUUCGCAGCGCGCAGACGGCUCUGGAGCGGACCCAGGGGUACGGGACUGGGGGAAAUGAGCAACAGGAAAGACAGAGGCUAAGAGCAGAAAUCCGGGAGCUUGAGCACAGGCAGGGGAGUGCGUGGGCUCUUGGGCUGGAAUAGUCUGCUCUGGUGCGUCAGUCUUACUCACGUCCAGUCCAAUCCCCUCUGUAUGUAACAUGCUAGCUGUUGUCACGGACUUUUUGAAAUUGUGCUUCCAUGGUCGAUAUACGUUCAUCUUGUCUUAUCGGGACUAUGCGAUUGCUUGUAAGACGGCCCAGACGGAUGUGACUAAGUUUUCAAACAUUCCGUCUGCGACGUAGUCUCGUCCGAUUCUGCCUCCUCCGCGCGAAUACGUACGCCUAGCAACGAGGCUAGAAUGCUGCUCUCUUGUGCGGCUACCUUGGCUGUUGGCUUCAAUGACCGCCAUGCUCGGAACCCAGGGCCAUACAGCAGCCCAUAAAAGGCGUCUACAGAUAAGGAUUCUCCAGCCGCGAUGGGUCCUUCAAAGUUGGUGCUUGCCCUCUCAUGCUUUGUUCUCUGCAUCCAGGCAAGUAACCCGAAGCGCGGAAUCGCACUCGUCCAGUCCAGCGAUGCCGAUCUUCCGAAAGGGAGCGGUGGCCGAUGCAGCUGGUUCUACAAUUGGGCAGCGAGCCCACCGGCAGGAUAUCCUCGAUUUCUCGAAUUCGUCCCUAUGCUCUGGGGUCACCAAGACAGCGGCAUUUUUAUUCAAACCGUCCGGCAGUUGGGUGCGUCGACGGUACUUGGCUUCAAUGAACCCAACGAAUACGGCCAGUCCAACAUCGGUGUGCCAGAAGCAGUCCAGAUGUGGAAAGCAUACAUUCAGCCGUUGAAAAACUCGGGUGUUCGUCUUGGAAGUCCCGCCGUGUCGAGUGGACCCAGUGGCCUUCCGUGGCUCGUCAACUUCGUCGCUUCAUGUUCCGGAUGCAGCAUAGACUUCGUUGUCGUCCACUGGUACGGCGAAGGAGCGACGAACUUCAUCAAUUAUCUGGCGAGCGUCCAUGCCCAGAUCCCGAAUAAGGCGGUCUGGGUCACCGAAUUCGCGUGUACCUCCGGCAAUCCCGCAGGUAGAUUCGUCCUCGGUUCAAUCCGAUCGCCUAUCUGAGCAGCUCUUUCUUAAGAUGUCCGUCUUCUUGGCGGCCGCCCUUACAUAUUUGGAUGCCCAACCUUGGAUCGAGCGGUACAACUGGUUCGCAUUCGGGCGUCCCAUAAGCGGACUCCAAACAAGCCUUUUGGACGGAGGAGGCAACGUCAACGCCCUUGGAUCCACGUAUAUUUGAAGUGGGUAGACAGACGUAGCUGGCGAUAACAAAGAGCAGGGCUCUAUAGAUCCAAAUGUAGCGUAGGCAGACCCCACAGCCAGUCUGAGGGCUCUCCAAAAAAGACAUGUUUUGAGUAGUCGUCCAAGUUCCUCAUCAACCUCCAUGUAACGUCGAGAUGAAAACGAUCUCAUCGCCAUCUUUGAGCGCAUAAUCGCCCUCUCCCUCUAACUCCCAAUCUGUAUCGUUCACCAAUACCAGAAUUCCUGGCCGUCUGUUCCGGAUCUCGUUUUCGGGUUUUCAAGGAGUCAGGGCGAGAGCAUACGCACUGUGUCAUUCUCAACGAAGAGCUCUACGCGUUCUUUAAGGAGGGUGUCUCGCAGAUGGAAGAUCAAGAAGAGAUGUCGACGGGUUUGGUCUCUCCAGAUUCUUCGCCGUAUGUCUUGGAAACAUGGGAAGGCACGAUCAGGCUGUGCGAGCGCUGGUUCGAGAACAAGAGCUCAAGUCCGCCGCUGAAUUCAACUUUGACGGAGGUGGACAUGUUCGUAUGAGGAAACAAGCAAGAGUAGAUCGC